AUGUCGUUUGACCAGCCCACAUGCCUGGCGUCCGUGCAGAGCAACACCCGCAUGUGGGUAAUUGCAUGGGAUGGAGCCGUGCGGGCCAGCAACGUACUGGACUGGCAGCUCACUCUGAUCCAGGCCAUCGACAAGGACAAGAAGGACGUCCGCAAGCAAGUCGUCGAGGCUAACCUAGACGGCUACCGGAUACUCUUCAACGGCGGUACGGGCAAGCCGAGCGUCUUGGAGUCGGCGGUCAAUAACGACAGAGUCGUGCAGUACAUGCUGGUCCUACAAGGCGACUUGCUAGAGAGCAUCCCCUCUCUGUCCAAGGCGAUCCUCAAGGACACCGAACCUUACCGCCACCUUCUGCCACUGCUGGCACACGCGAAGCAGGCCGAAGACUCUAUUGCGUUGCUGGCUUCGACGGUGCUGACAGCCUUGUUAUCGUCAGCACAAGAUGCCUCGCCAGCCACAGUGCAGCGCGUUCUUCCCAGCCUGCUGAGCUACCUCUCGUCGCUGGCUCUCGUCAAUAGCAACGCCGGCCUGCAGGACAUUGGCGUCAAGGAGUUCUCGUCCCUGCUGUACAGCCGCGAGACGCGGCAGCAAUUCUGGGCUCAGCGAAGCGAAACCGUCGCGCCGCUGAUCGCCAUUCUGCGCACGGCUGUCGGCGUCAGCGGCGCCAGCGGCGAGGCCGUGUCGGCCAGCCUGUGGAGCGGAACGACCAGUAAUGGCAAUGGCAACGGCAACGGCGUUGGAAAUGGUCAAAGCCAUCGCAACGGCGCCAGUUCUGCCCUUGGACGCGGCGGCCCGCUGCUGGAUGGCGCCAUUGGCAGUGGUGUCGGACUGCAGCUGCUGUAUCAUGUGUUAUUGGUCUUGUGGCAGCUGUCGUUUGAUGCGGCUGUCGUGGGUGAUGAUCUGAACGACGAGUACGACAUUGUGCUGCUGUACACGCAGCUGCUGCGGGUGUCGCCCAAGGAGAAGACGACGCGGCUGCUGGUAUCAACGCUGCUGAGCCUGUUGUCAGAAAACCGGGCGUCGCUGUUGCCGACGGCGAUGCUGGCGCGGCUGCCGGCCCAGCUGCAGAACGUGGCCGGACGACAGCACACGGACACGGACCUGCAGGAGGACCUGCAGCAGCUGCGCGAGCUGCUGGACGAGUAUGCCGCCACCAAGACGACCUUUGACGAGUAUGUGGCCGAGGUGAACACGGGCCAUCUGCGCUGGUCGCCGCCGCACCGCAGCACCGUCUUCUGGGCCGAGAAUGCCCGCCGGAUCUUCGAUGCCGACAACGGCGCCAUCCCCCGCAAGCUGGCCGCUAUCAUGGCCAAGCCUUGGGACGGCGACAAGGCCGUGCUGGCCAUUGCCUGCAACGACAUUGGCGCCCUCGUCCGCGAGGUCCCUGAGAGGCGCAGCACCCUCGAGAAGCUCGGGCUCAAGACCCGCAUCAUGGAGCUCAUGGGCGAGGCCGACGAGACCGUCCGUUGGGAGAGUCUCAAGGCUCUCGGCGGCUGGCUCAAGUACAGCUUUGAGACCAAGUAG